AUGGCACAGGGAAGUCCGCCCCCCCCCAGCAACAAGGUUUUCAGGAAAUUGAGGUCUGAGGCCAAAUCCGGGCUGGAUCUGGCCACUCGUAUAUUGAUGAUGGAGGAGACGCGGGCUGUCGUGCAGGGCGCCUGCAUGUUGGCACGGCCUGUCGCGGAGGAGCAUGCCAUGACGGCGGCGAUCUUGAAAACGAAGUCUGGGACUCUUGAGUGGUCCAUCGAGAUGGCAUUCGGCGAGCGCGUGGGCCAUUUGGGCGACAUCUUCAAGCAGUUGCUUGACCCAGGGCUCUUGGUUACUACUGGCUUGUUCUCUUGCAAAUGUGACGACAGCGCCGAUUUCGACGACGAUGUAAUCAAGCGGAUUCUUGAGUCUUACGUCACGUACUCGAGGGAGUUAUUGUUCGGUGAGAUAAUGUUAUUGCGAAGCUACAGCGAUGAUUUACCGUUAGCGCUGGCCAUGAUGAUGUCCAGCGACGACGUCAAACGAGCUCGUGGCGCAGAUUGUUUGAGGAUAAUUUUCGCUCGCGUCACAGAGUGCGAGAAGGUCGCCCUCAAUGAUUCGUGGCUCAGGCAAUUCAUUCUCAAUGUAAGAACCCGUGCGUGGUCUCGUUGCGGACGACGCGGCGACGCUGGUGCCUGCCUGCGUUUCAGUUUUAGCCAAUUUAGCCCACGGCAUCGUUUUUAA